CUGUCCUGAAGUCUGUCAUUCACUUGUCCACUCUUUCCACUGUUUUUAAUUUAAUAACUGCAAUUUUCAUGCAUUUUGUCAUCACAACAACUAUUAAUUCGGAUAUUUUACGCUCGAAAACUGUGACAAUUCCCCCCAUAUUUUAUUUCAGAUGAGGUUAAUGCAGCGCUCCUGUGACUGUGCUGCAGGAUCGCUCUCUUAUCAAGUGCAGUCAUAUGUUGUUGGAAAUGUCCUCCGCCGUUGCUUCCUCCAAUCAGCCUAUUUUGCACACACCCCCUGCCAGGAUUAUGUUUCUUUCGUUUUCAUUUCCCGGAAGGGUCGAAUGUGAAAAUAGUGGAGUUUUAUUUCUCCGAAAGUUCUUUCUUCAUAUAGCAUGAAGUUUGGGGAGUACUGACCUGGAUGACGACUCACACAUCUGCUUAUGAGGAAAUCACGCAUUUUUUUCGUACAGUCGAACAGAUACAGGUCAUUUCCAUGGAGACUGUUUCCCCGUCACCUUUGGUCAAGCAAGAAAAUGGAGAAAACAAUCCUCCAUCCAUAAUGCAUGUAAGACAAGUGGAUGUACCUCUCAGUGUGCAUCACUCCCACCAAAACCAGCUUCCCGUGGUCAGCCCUCCCGCACAGGAAGACCUGUGGCAUCUGCCUGGACAGCUGCGAAUAAACCCAUCUCUGUGGGAUAAGGAGGAUGUUGCUCACUGGCUCCACUGGGCUCAGAGAGAGUACUCACUGCGCCGACCUGAAAAGGGACGAUUUGAGAUGAACGGUCGAGCCCUCUGCCUGCUCACCAAGGAGGACUUCAGACGCCGCUGCCCCAGCUCAGGUGAUGUCCUCUAUGAGAUCCUACAGUGUGUGAAACAGCAAAGGAGGAGUGUUGUUCCUGAUCCCCCAAACUCAUCUCCUUCCCUGGCAAGUGGCGCCAUCCAGAGCCCGGUCAGCUGCCAGGUGACCCCUCAGAGUGCCCAAGAGCCCCAGCCUCCCCCAAACAGUGACACCCAAGCGCCAGCAGCAGCUGUUUUAACCACAGUGAGCAGCCAGUCGGAGCCCGUGUCCCCUCUCAGAGAUCGUCCCUUGAUCUUUUACACCUUCCCUUCUCCACUCACACAUACAAAUGGAUCAGCAGCUGUCUCUGCAUUGCCCCGCAACCAGGUUCCUCUCCAAACAGACACCGUAAUCCAGGAACCACUCAAUCUGUCCAGUCGCGAGAAACCAAGAACCCCACUGCACAAAGCUAAUGGACGCUUCCCAGAGUGCAGACUGCUAUGGGAUUAUGUUUAUCAACUGCUGUGUGAUGAACGUUACCAAGAAUACAUCCGAUGGGAGGACCAGGACAGCCUGGUGUUCAGGGUGGUCGACCCCAAUGGACUGGCGCGUCUCUGGGGAAACCAAAAGAACCGAGACAAUAUGACCUAUGAAAAAAUGUCCCGGGCUCUGCGGCAUUACUACAAGCUCAACAUCAUCAAAAAGGAGCGAGGACAAAAACUCCUUUUCAGGUUUCUGAAACUCCCACAGGACAUCAAGAAACCAAGGGCUGACCUUACCGAGUCACUGGAAUACUCUCCACCUCAGGACGGGGACUUUCCAGACAGCAGUCCUACACAUGACUUCAGUGAGGACCAUUUUGAGGUUUCGCCUGAUCGUGCUUCUCCACAGCAUCCACCAUAGCAAAAAACAAACAAAAAAAACUAUGUGUUAACAUCCUAAAUACGGUACAACAAAACAAAUUAUUACAGAACAGAAUGCAGAUGUGUAUUCUCAACAUAACCAAUGCAGGUUUAACAAAAUGGGCUGUUAAGUGUAUUUAAGGAUUUAAGAUGUUAAGUGUUUUAAGGAUUUUUUGCACUAUGAUACUGCUUUCCAUUUUGCCGUGAAUCAAUGUGUAACUGUGAUCAGAAGGAACACUAAUAUUAAGGGAUGGGGAAAACUGUGAAAUUCAUCACAUCAUCAUUAAUACAGCCAAAUGGCUAUUAAUAACUUUCUCCUAAAUUGCUUAACACACUUGCAUAAUUGCAAUAGAAAACAUGCAUAUUUGUCUUUAUGUAUCGUUGUAUGUAUUUCCAGUAAGUGGUGAAAAUGGCUGUGAAAAGGUGCCAGUUUGUUGCAGAUUGCUAAAUAGGAUGAAGAAGGGUACAGUGAUUUGUCGUGUUCUUUAAAAAACGUAUUGUGUUGCAGUUUGUACAGUUUAUUUACAAAUACGUUGCUUUACCAAGCUCAGGAUGAGAUCCUAUAGAUACAUUAAAAUGUUUGUCCUGCUCUGUAAAAUAAAUACUUUGUUAUGCAUAUUUUGUAUGCCCUGGUUACUCAUGAAGAGGUCCAGAAAAGCUAAAUGGCUGAAUAUCCUGGUGUUCUGGCUUGAAAGAGCAUGCAAUUUUGCAAGAUGUACAGGUGCAUCUCAAUAAAGUAGAAUAUCAUAGAAAAGUUUAUUUACUUACUUUAUUUAUUUCAGUAAUUCAAUUCAAAAAGUGGAAAUAACACAUCGUAUACAUCCAAUACACACAGAAUGAAACAUUUCAUGUCUUAAUUUAUUUAAUUUCUUCUAACUAUAAUGAUUAUGGCUUACAUUUAAUGAAGACCUUAAAUCCAGUGUCUCAACAAAAUUGAAUAUUACAAAAGACCAAUUUUAAAAAGUAUGUUUAAUAUGGAAAUGUUGGCCUCUGAAAAGUAUGUCCAUCUAUACGCACUCAAUACUUGGUUGGGGGUAUUUGUCUUAAACUAGUGGAAAUUGACAUUUCCAUGAUAUUCUAAUGUAUUGAGAUGCACCUGUUUGUUUGCAAAAGAAACCACCACUCAAUUAUGUGGAAAAUUGAGUUUUGUUCAGGUAACCAUGCUCUUUCUCACCUGCUUCUUGUCAAUUUGCCCAUUUGACAGAAAAGAUAGUUGUCCCUUUAUUUGUGGGUUGUUCAAAUCUCUGAUCUAAAUCACUGCAUUGAAACUCCUGGCUGCAUAAAAUCCACCAGGCUGUAUGUGAACCGCCUUAAACCUUGUAACUCAGGGCAGUCUGUGGCCUAAAGGUUAGGUCACGCACUGCCCAUUAGUCCUUUAUUGGGAUUAAAAAAGGGAAUCUUAACCUUAAUAACUCUCAUUAGUCAGCAGGUGCAGUAGGGCACACCAGUUGUAAAGUUUGUUUUGGAUACAGUUAGAAGCUGAAGUUUAGUUCAGGCCUAUUUAAAACAACAGUCCCUGCCCAUGUUUUUGGCCAAAUGCAUGCUCAUGUGCCUGAUCUCAGCAGCAUGUAAGGCAAAGAACACUAGCCAUCUAAUC